GCGCUUGCGCUCCACAGUCAGUCUUUGGUUGGAUUCCGGUUGCUACGCAUAGUCGCGCGCAAGUCUCUCCUUUGCCAAAAAACUCAUUUCAGUGUUUCUUUUAGUCGGCCAUUGGUAACAGCGUCAGCACGAUCACACCCAAGUUCUUUCCGUCGCCAACCCGUCGAACUGUCUCCAAACUGGGGGUUAAUUCUCCUUUUGAGAUUUUGUCCAAUUCAACGUUUUGAGAAUUCCGCCGCAAAGAGUUAAGCCCAACGGGUGCGCACCUAACAAGGGUUGCAACUCGGGGCGUGUUAGGGUUUCAUACUGGACCCGAACUAGCUGGCACAUAGCAUUGAAUCGUGAACCUCCUUGGCCCGGUCCGGACACUUCAGAAACCUGAUAUCCACCUUAGGGCACUAACUGAUUAUAGUUGCCCAAUUCUCAAGACUACAAUUGCGCGGAAUACUACGGCAUAUCCUGAAAAGAUUUUCAUUCGGAACAGUCGAUUCGAUCUCGGCCUCUUUGGUUUUUUAUAUUAUCUUGUUUAAAGAAAAAAGGAGCGGAGAAAAUUAGUCGAGUUUUCUCUGCCCAGACUACACAACAUCUCGUUCAUCACAAACAUUCAACAAAGAAAACUUGCAACCACAAAAAAAGAGAAAAUGAAACCUGAAAUGUUGUCAAUGGUUGACGCAUCGGCCGACUGCCAACUGGCCGAUGGUGCUCCUAAAAUUCACGUCCUGGAGCCGGGCAAAGAGAACUGGGACGUCAUUCGUGACGUAGCGCACUCUGGCGUCCAAGAAGAAGCUUUCUACGUCUUGGAUGUUGGCGAUAUCAUCCGCAAGCACAAGGAGUGGAAGCUCAAAAUGCCACGUGUUGCUCCCUUUUACGCUGUCAAAUGCAACGAUAACCGGACCGUGUUGGAGACUCUAUCUUCGCUGGGAGCCUCAUUUGACUGCGCCUCCAAGAGUGAAAUUGCCAAAGUAUUGGAUUUGGGAGUGGAGACGGACCGCAUCAUUUUUGCUAAUCCAGCCAAGCAAGUGUCGCAUAUUCGCUAUGCCUCGUCCGUCAAUGUUCGAGCCAUGACGUUCGACAAUGAGAGCGAGCUCUACAAGGUCAAGGAACAUCAUCCCACGGCCAAAAUGGUUUUGCGCAUUCGUUGCGAUGCAAAACGCGUUCAAUGUCCGCUGGGCAUCAAGUUCGGCGCGUUGCCUAAGGAUGCACCUCGUCUGGUAGCUCUGGCCGCCAAAUUGGGCGUAGAUUUGAUCGGCGUUAGCUUCCACGUUGGAUCUGGUUGCGAUGAACCUGAAGUCUUUGAUCGCUGCAUCGUCAUUGGUCGUCAGAUUUUCGAUCUUGCUGCCCGCGAAUAUGGCAUCAACAUGACUUUGCUCGACUUGGGUGGCGGAUAUCCAGGCAAUCGCGGUUCUUCUAUCAACGCCAUUGCUGCCAUCGUCAAUUCGGCCUUGGAUCGUCACUUUCCCGAGGGCUGCGGUGUGGACAUCAUCGCCGAACCUGGCAGAUACUACGUGGCCUCGGCCUUUACAUUGGCCACUCGCAUUCACGGUCGUCGUCAGCUGACCAAUGACGAAGAAGAUGCUGAUGGGCCUCAAACACCGACCAACACGUCGUAUUUCUAUUACAUCAACGACGGUGUUUACGGCAGCUUUAACUGCAUGCUUUACGAUCACGCUGUGGUGACCCCAUUGCUCCUGGAGCCCCGUCCAGGUCCUGAUUUCUGCUGCAACAUCUGGGGUCCCACGUGCGACGGUUUGGAUCGUGUCGCCACCAACGCCCAUUUGCCGCUGAUGGACGUUGGCGAUUGGUUGAUUUUUGAAGAUAUGGGCGCCUACACUUUGGCCGCUGCUGGAUGUUUCAACGGUUUUCCCGUUCCCAAGGUUUAUCCUGUGGUCCAGCCACACACUUGGUUCUUCCUCAAGGAUCGCGUCCCCUACACCGAAUCGCAUUUCGUUAUGGGUUCUCCAUCGCCGGCACCAGCUGCAGAUCUUUUGCCCAAAAUGUCGUGCGCCAUGGAAAUGUACGCUAGCAACAGCAAUAACAACGGUAACCAUCUUCUUAUGCCGUCGUCUGUUUGCUCGUCUUCAAUUGAUGCGGAAGAUCCAUCGAUAUCGGAUGCCGUGUCUACUUCGUCGGAUGGCGACGCUUCCGACGCGUACGGGGACUCUGCUGAUUUCUUGGCCGAUUUGCUUGACGUCACCUCGGUGAUGUAAUAAUCACGCGUGAGAAAACAUAAAACACAAGCAAGAAUCAGAAGAGAAACUGACCAAAACUUGUUCUUUUUGGCUUACAUUUUUUUUUCGUUUUAAUUUCAAGUCCUUCCUGACCCACCAAAUCCGCUUUUCUUUUCUUUUCUUUUUUUUUAAGGCGAUCCAGUCAUCGCUUGCAUUUCACCGUCUAAGAAAUUUUUCUCCUAAAAUACCAAAAGCGUCAGUUAGUCCAGAUAAUGUUUUUUUUUCUUUUAUAAUUUUUUUUUUGUUAAAAAAGAAACAACUUUUCUUGCUAAACUUUAUGGGUUUUUCUUGUCUCGUGUUUGUUAUGUCUUGUUUGGAAACCCCCUCUCACGCGCGCCUUCUUUUCUUCUAAUUUUCUGAAAUGAAAUGCCGGACCAAAUACUAAGACGUUACAACAGAAAAUUUCAAAGCCAAGAAUUACCGUUUACAAGGGAAGAGUUCGUAGAGAAAUGGACCAACUAAGCAAGAAAAAAAAAGUCGAAAUCGUUUUGUUCAGACAUUCCUCUACACUACCAAAAGUAUCAAACGACUGGGCAAAAAGAUUUCGACGCGCCAAUUUUCCCAUUUGAAAGAGUAAAAAAAAAAAAAAAAAAGAUAAAAUUCUUCCUUCCCUUCAAUCGAACAUUUCUCUCAUAUUCAACUCAAAUUCGUAUUUUUCAAAUGAAGAGAAGAUGCGCAUUACUAGGGGUUUAAGUGUAUUAUUUUCUUUUUUGCUUAUUGUCUAUUUUAGAUGUUCCACAAUGGUUUGAUUACCCGUAACAUACAGCAAUUGGGGCUAUUCUUGCUUUCAAAAUUUUAAGUUUUUAUGGUAAUUAUUAAUAUAAAAUUCUAGCUAUAUUCCUUCAACAAUAGAAGAAUGUCUCGUUCAAAACGAAGGGACGGCUUCUGAAGAAAUAGUAUUUGCUGUCUCUUCAUCUUCCUUUUGCAUUGGAUCUGUUUCGGACUCAGCCAUUCAAUUUUCUAUUGACCGAAGCGAGCAUCUUCAAUACAAAGUGUAAGAACAGUAAAAAAAAAAGAAGAAAAAAAGGAAUAAAGCAAGUUUUUUUGUUUCUAAUGUCGGAUCUUUCCCCUCAACUAUUCUGAAUUGUGUUAGAUUUUUCCUUGUUUCUGCGCCCACUCCCCUCCCACCGUCAGUGUCAGCGAUCGAUGUAGUGGAGGCAAUAACAAGAAACGUAUACCAAUACAGUCUGUGUCUAUGGCGCAAA